CCCACCUUGUUUCGAUCACGUGACGAAAGCUCACGAAGAUGGUGGAAGUUUCUUCUUCCUCUGAGUGAAACACCCCGACAGAAACCCAAACAUCCAGUCGGACCAGGGCUGGGAGGACGUUCCAGUGCCGCCAAAAACGUCCUUCAAACCUCCAUUUGGUUCUCGGCCCUCUUCCCAGCCCUAUGUCAUGGCCAGUGGAGUCACCAAGUCAAGCACUUCCAAUGGGUACCCAUCAAAGGCACAGCUACAGAUCACUGUGCUAUCAGCAAAACUGAAAGAAAACAAGAAGAACUGGUUUGCUCCCAGUUCUUAUGUGGAAGUGACGGUCGACGGGCAAUCCAAGAAAACGGAGAAAUGCAACAACACUCACAGUCCCAAAUGGAAACAGCCGCUCACUGUGAUCGUGACUCCAUUCAGCAAACUGGUGUUUCGUGUGUGGAGCCACCAGACCUUGAAGGCAGACGUGUUUUUAGGUAUGGCCAUGCUGGACAUCAGCGAGACUCUCAAGUCCAACGACAUGAAAAUUUCCGAUGUGGUGCAGUCACUCCAGCUACACGCUGACAGAGAGCACUCAGACGUGGUGGGAGACCUGUCUGUCUGUCUGGACGGAAUGACGGUGGACCCAGAAAUGUUUGCCUCAGCAGAAGCCGACCACUACAAUUUUUUGUUUUUAGGUACAUCUAAUGAAGAAUCAUCACAGCACAAUGGGGAUCCUGCCGUAAGGUCAAGUCGAGACAGCUCUCCAGCUGUGGACACUGAUCACAGAUCCUCUCCCAUCACCCGGAGGACAGUGAGCAGCAAAGAAUCUCCAUCAGUGGGAGGACGACCCGCCCGACCACCCAGACCCUCCAGGCCUCCUCCCCCAACGCCCCGCAGACCAACUUCUUCACCAGCAUCUUCUACCAAUGGAAUGGCUCUCACAGAAGCUAGCCAGGGCCAGGCAGCCUCUGAUGCACCGGUGCGGACCCCAGGGCCCUCAUCUGCUCCGGACUCGAGCCCAUUGACGUCCUCAAAUAGGAGCUUCAUGCCCGCCUCCACAGCCGGAGGUGCAGCGACCAGACAGCCGACUACGCCUUCUCUCCCUCCGAGAGCACCAUACGCCAAUGUUGGACCAUUGCCCCCUGGAUGGGAGCAGAGAGUGGAUCAGAAUGGCAGGUUGUAUUUCGUGGAUCACAUUGAAAAGAGAACAACAUGGGAACGUCCUGAGCCGCUCCCCCCUGGGUGGGAGCGUCGUUUUGACCAGAUGGGCCGUGUCUACUUUGUUGAUCACAUCACGCGAACCACCACAUGGCAGCGGCCCACGGUGGAGACGGUGCGUAACUACGAACAGUGGCAACACCAGCAGAGCCAGCUGCAGGGCGCCAUGCAGCAGUUCAACCAGAGGUUCAUCUAUGGGGUUCAAGACCAGGCAGCAGCUUCUCAGAAUAAAGAGUUUGAUCCUCUCGGCCCUCUGCCUGCUGGAUGGGAAAAGAGGACAGAUGGCAACGGAAGAGUUUACUUUGUCCAUCACCAGACCCGCUCAACUCAGUGGGAGGACCCUCGAACGCAGGGAUUACUGAACGAGAAGCCACUUCCUGAAGGCUGGGAGAUGAGAUUCACCGUGGAUGGCAUUCCUUAUUUUGUAGACCACAACAGGAGAACAACCACCUACAUUGACCCUCGCACGGGGAAAUCCUCUCUUGAAAAUGGACCACGGAUCACUUAUGUUCGAGACUUCAAAGCCAAAGUUCAGUAUUUCAAAUUCUGGUGCCAGCAACUGUCUUUGCCUCAGCAUGUUAAAAUCACAGUAACGAGGAAAAACCUCUUUGAGGAUUCUUUCCAGCAGAUAAUGAGCAUUAACCCUCAGGAUUUGAGAAGGAGGCUUUGGAUCAUAUUCCCAGGAGAGGAAGGCCUUGACUACGGAGGCGUUGCCAGGGAGUGGUUCUUCUUGUUGUCUCAUGAGGUUUUGAACCCCAUGUACUGCCUGUUUGAAUAUGCUGGUAAAGAUAACUAUGGUCUCCAAAUCAACCCUGCUUCAGACAUCAACCCCGACCACCUCAAGUAUUUCAGGUUCAUUGGACGAUUCAUUGCAAUGGCUCUUUUCCACGGCAAGUUCAUCGACACUGGUUUCUCUCUGCCAUUUUACAAACGGAUGCUCAACAAACCUUUGACACUCAACGAUCUGGAGUCGAUAGAUCCUGAGUUUUAUAACUCCCUCAUGUGGAUUAAGGACAAUGACAUUGAGGAGUGUGGGUUGGAAAUGUUCUUUUCAGUUGAUAACGAAAUGCUUGGAGAAAUAUCCACCCAUGAGCUUAAAGAAGGCGGGGGAGACAUCCAAGUUACCGAGGAAAACAAGGAGGAGUACAUCAAGUUGGUAGCAGAGUGGCGGCUAUCCAGAGGAGUGGAAGAACAGACGCAAGCGUUCUUUGAGGGCUUCAAUGAGGUCCUCCCUCAGCAGUACCUGCAGUAUUUUGAUGCUAAAGAGCUUGAGGUCAUGCUGUGUGGCAUGCAGGAACUGGAUCUGGGGGACUGGCAAAACAACACCAUCUACAGACACUACACUCGGACCAGCAAACAGAUUGUGUGGUUCUGGCAGUUGAUGAAGGAGAUGGACAAUGAGAAGCGGAUGAGGCUGCUGCAGUUUGUCACUGGCACUUGUCGUCUGCCUGUGGGAGGCUUCGCCAACCUUAUGGGUAAUUAAUCCUCUCAUUAAA